UCUCCUCUCUAGAUGCUCUCUGGUAGAUAUUCGCUAUUUUAUAUUUGUUUUAUUUUCUUUUGUUUAAACUGAACUGAGCUGAGAGAGAGUGAUAAUAAAUAAUUUGUGACUAAUUUUCCACAGGUACUCAGUGGUAGCGGGGUUGUUCCUGUAGUUGGGGGCAGAGCUCCAGAACGCGUGCGCUGAGCCGCAGGGCUGCUGGAGCUGAACUAGCCGACCAUGUUUUUCCUCUGUAACUGAUCCACACUGUAGCCCCAAAACAGCGUUUUCCCUAGUCGAGCCCUUACAGCUGUGCUUGAAGCUGGACUUAUGUCAGUGCGUUUCGCUGCAGCGCCUUUUGUACACGCGGGCUAGCUACAAGUGUUAAAAUCCUUUGGAAAUAUGAGCCAAAUUACAGAGACCCCGCCUGUUGAAGCUCCUAAAGUGACAGAAGUGCUCACAGAUCCUCCCCCUCAGACUGAGGCCAAGCCAGUAACAGCAGGAGGAAAGAAACAAAAUAAAAAGAAAGUGGAAGAGGUGGUGGAGGAAGAGGAGGAGGAGUAUGUUGUGGAGAAAGUCCUGGACCGACGUAUUGUGAAGGGAAGAGUAGAAUAUCUCCUCAAGUGGAAAGGCUUUACAGAUGAAGACAAUACCUGGGAGCCAGAAGAAAACUUGGACUGCCCAGAUCUAAUCGCAGAAUACCUGCAGUCCCAGAGAAAUGCCAGCGAGUCUGGCUUCAAGCGGCGCUCCGACGCUGAUGGAGAUGUAAAAGAAAGCCAAUCUAAAAAACGCAAGGAUGAGCCUGAGAAACUCAGAGGCUUUGCUCGUGGGUUGGAUCCUGAGAGGAUUAUUGGUGCUACAGACUCAAGCGGAGAACUCAUGUUCCUGAUGAAAUGGAAAAACUCUGAUGAGGCAGAUCUUGUACCAGCUAAGGAGGCGAAUGUGAAGUGCCCACAAGUGGUCAUUUCAUUCUAUGAGGAGCGCCUCACAUGGCAUUCUUACCCCACUGAUGAGGAAGAGAAGAAGGAUGAGAAAAAGUAGAUGAAAGUCAGGUGCUACUAGGAGUUCAUGCUAACGGCAGUCAUCAAAAUGCACUCCUCUGUUUUUAAUUUUAGAAAGAAAAAGAAAGUUUAUAUGAUUAAGUCCCAGCAUCUGAAAUCAGUAACUGAAAAGUUACUGUAAUUCACGUAGGUUUGUCACACUUUGCCAUGUAAUCAUGUAGCUUACAUCUAACAUAUCACCUUAUAGUUUACAGUUUUAGCUGUUGCAAUCUGUUACCUCACCGUUUACCAACCCUCCUCUACUCUAUCCAUAAUUGGACAGGGACCACCAUAGGAAACCACAACUGACCAGAUCUUUUUAGGUUUUAGGCAAAGAGUUUUAAUCUCGGCUGUAUACAUACCAGUUCUUUAAAUUAUGCAAUUACUGUUUUAUUGUUUUUUUUUAAAGUCAAUUAGCUGAAACUUUACCACUUCAGACAGAAGUUUCUAAGCAAAACAGUGCCACUUACCUAUUGGAGACCACUGUACAAGUGAACAAGCACUACAGUGCUGCUGUUCUUCUUAAUGUCAUUUCUGAAAAUAGGCAUACUAACCUAAAUCAUCCAGCCAACAGUGGCCGUGUUGAGAAACUGACCAAUGAUGAAGGCCUUGACGAUAAUGAAGGAACUGUGCAUGGAGGAAGACCAGAGACACUUUAAAAUAUUAAAAUACACCUAAAAUAUUGGCCAACACAGUAAGUUAACUCAGUGCUAAAAAAAGAUAAAAAUACCAGUGUAAAUAACAAGUACACUGUUAUAAAUGUAACACAAAAAAGUUUGAAGAUCGAAACAUUUUAAGCUUAGUCAGUCCAUAAAGUGGCAGCUUAGUGUACAGUGGCAUGCAAGUUUAGGCAUCUCUGUUACUAUGAACAGUUAAACAUAUAAAUAAAGUAAAAAAUAUAGAUCCCAGUCAGAUUUCUCACAAUAUCAAAAAAACAACCUGCCCCUGAAAUUAUGUUUUCUAAAUUAAAUCAUCUUAAAGUCUCAGCAGUGUUACUAAAUUUGAGUUAAAAAUUUACUUAAUUUUGGGACAAGUACAUGGCUUCGACGACUCCUUCUCCAGAUCAUCCAGCCCUUUAUAUACCCCUACCUUUCAGCCUAUCCAAAAUCAAACAUACUUUGCCCCCAUCUGCACUCCAUUUCCCGACAGACCACCAAAAAGCCAACAAGGACUCCUAGCCCACCCAAAACAUAAUAUUGAUAGUGCAGCAAGAAUUGAUGCAAUUAAAUGCCAGCAAUUUCUGGAAACAAUCAUCACACCAUAUGUAAAAAGAAAUCAAGAUAAAAGAGUAUUCCAAAGCAGAAUAAUGAUCCCAAACACACAUUAACGUCCACAAUACUUAAAACCUUUAAAUAUAUAAGGUUGUACUGUGGCUGUCAAAUUUCUCUGACCUAAUUAUCAUAAAAAAUCUGGUGAUAGACAUCAGAACAGCAGUGCGGCAAGAUGGCCCACGAAUCAAUAAAAGCCUUCUGCAAGGGAAAAUAGGUGAAAGUCCCUCAAACAUGGACUAAAAAUGCUUAGCUGGCAACACAAAAAAAUGUUUAAAAGCUGUAAAGCUUGCACUUUAUCUUCAGGCCCAUUUCAUUUUUUUGUUUCUCUUUAUUGUAAAAAAUGGAAAGAAUGAAAAAGCCCAAACUUUUGCAUGCCACUGUAUAUUUCAGUCAUGUUGCUGGUUAAUACAUUCAAACAUUCAUUAGACUCCUGCUUAUCUGUUUCUGUUUCUCUGCACUAAUUACUGUGAAGUAAAGACCCUCUGUAAAUUACAGUUUUGAAAGCACUUAUUUUAACAUGUCCCCAGUUUUAAUGUACAUUUAUCUGAUUUGAAUAUACUGCCUUAUCUGAGAUGAUGAACACAUUUAAAUUUUUCACCAUUUGCCAAUAUAAAACAGGUUUGUAAAUGCACAAGUAAUUAAAAAAAAGGCCCUCGACUAUAAAGAGUAUGUGGACGACGGCUUGUAGCUUGACCAAGAGACCCAUGUAGUGGUAAAUGGUUUGUACAAGAUGCUCUUUACGAGAAUGUUCACUCUUACCAGCAAACAGCUUUGAAUUUGAAAAGAUUAAUAUUGUUGUUCUGGUCACAGUAUAGGUGCUAUCAUUGGAUGAGCCCAUUUUUUGGACAGCAUUGUAAAUAUACUAUCUGGACAUUGCAUUAUAAGUCACAGGUUUGGUGCAUUACUUUUAUAUUCUUGGUUUGUUACAAUAUCAUGUAGUAAAAAUAGCAACAGUGUUUUUAGGUUUGAGGUAAGUGUUUAGUUACUUUAUUCAGUCCUAUUUGUGUAUGUGCCAGUCCGAAGAGUUUAGUAAUUACGGUGUAAUCUUUUUUGUUUUUUAAAGAAAAACCACUACCACUUUGUGUUUGUUUAAUAAAUGUAGGAUUGAUGAAUUUGUUAAUUUA